GCCAUGGAUUACUCUUACCUGAACUCCUACGACUCGUGCAUGGCGGCCAUGGAGGCGUCGGCCUACGCGGACUUCAGCUCCUGCAGCCAGGCCGGCUCCUUCCAGUACAACCCCAUCCGCAGCUCCUUCGCCGCCAGCCCGGCUUGCCCGCCGCUCGCCUCCGCCAGCUGCGCCCUGGGCGCCCUGCGCGACCACCAGCCCUCGCCCUACGCCGCAGUCCCCUACAAGUUCUUCUCCGACCCCUCCACCAUCAACGAGAAGAGGAAGCAGCGGAGGAUCCGGACCACGUUCACCAGCUCGCAGCUCAAGGAGUUGGAGAGGGUCUUCGCCGAGACCCACUACCCGGACAUCUACACCCGGGAGGAGCUGGCCCUCAAGAUCGACCUCACCGAGGCCCGAGUGCAGGUCUGGUUCCAGAACCGCCGGGCCAAGUUUCGGAAGCAAGAACGGGCCUCCAACUCCAAAGGGCAGAACGGCAGCGGCGGCGGCAACAACGGCAGCAGCUCGGCGCCAGGCAAGAAGCCGGAGCCCCGGUCCUCCUCCGAAGAUGACGAGUCCAAGGAGUCCAACUGCAGCCCAACGCCGGACAGCACGGCCUCCCUGCCCACCGCCGGGGGCCUGAACAGUCCCGCCGACAGCCUGAGCCCCAGCCCUGGCACGGGGCAGCCAGCCCUGGGUGCUGGGCACGUCACCCCCACUCUCAAGUCUCCCCUGUGGGCGGGCGUGAGCACCAGCAACGGGGCCACCAACACAGCCGAGCUGCUGAAGGCCUGGCAGCCCUCGGAAGCCGCCAUGCCUGGACCUUUCUCCGGCGUCCUGUCCUCCUUCCACAGGAAGCCAACUCCACUCAAGGCCAACCUCUUCUAA